CAUCAGGAAGGCGGAGCAUGUUCCCGGCCACAGCGUACUGGCCAUAGAGCUCGACUGCACGUCAUCGCGCAGGGCAACGGAGUGACGUACGCGCAUGGUUGCCAAGGGACAGAUGCUUGGCGUCUAUGGGCUCUAGUAGUAACGGCGUUCUGCCCCCUGCUGCUCCCUCUCUCACACAGACACAGGUGCCGCCUGCUGCUGCUGCCGCUAGGAAUGGAUAUGACUCUUGAUCAAUACAACAAUUCCGACAGACAGAAUGAGCCAUGGUUGGACUUUUGCUCUCAUGAAACAUUGUUACCAGGAAGUCCAUGGCAUAAGGUGUUGGACAAAAUUGGAGUAGUGUUUGCUGAGAAAGUACGGCCAUUGCUAGAUGAUCCCCAGGAAAGGCAAAUGAUAUUCAAACUCCUAGGAAAAGAUUAUGUACAAAAACAUUUCAGCGACUACCCAAAUGAUCCCAGUCUGCUGCAUCCUCCAAACAUGAGUAAUGUAGAACAUGAAAACACUGAAAAAAAUACACAGAUCUGGCUCUGGAAUCAGUGGAUAAAAACAGCAGAGCAAUUAGGAUGUCAUCUGACAGGUGAUGGUCCUACUGAACUAUCAGCAGAAAUGACACAUUUUGUAAAUCAUGCCUUCACUCUUAUUGAAAACAAAAUGAAUCUACUUCUGGCCGAACAUGAAGCCAAAAAUGAGAAUGACCAGUCAGGAAUUGAUAAUGAGUUGGGAACAUGGACAUCAUUCUUAACGAGGCGACCAAAAUCAGUUGACAGUAAAGACUUGAGUUUUGCCAUACACAAAAUGGAAACUUUCCAUUUAAAAAAUGAUAAAGGCGUUGCAGGAAAACCAAACAGACCUCCAUCUUUAAGCUGCUCUGGGGCCGAAGUGCUGGGAAAUGCAGUCGGCGCCAUCAUUGCGUUAGAAUCAAGUGCAAUGGCAAUGGUGUGCAACAGGCUUAGUGGACAUCUUCUUCCAAAAUCUUUACGACGGCUCAUAUGGAUGGAUAAACUUUUAAGGUUCGAUACAACUUUCAAAGGCGUCAAAAUAAACUUAAUUGAAAAAGAGACAAGGGAGAGAUAUGGUAGAAAACUGGAACACAAAUGUGCUGAGUUAAAGAUCAGAAGUGCAACACGUUCUCCAAUUUCAGGUCUUAUUGAGAAUGCCGUGGUGGAGAAAUUUCGAAGCACACCCUCUAUGUAUCAGUUUGCAACGGAUGAACAAAUGAUUAAUGAGUCAAGCAAAUCCUUAAAUGUACUGUACGUUUACAAUGGUACCUAUGAGCCAUACUUCAUCCAUUGGCUGUUCCCUCUGCAAAUGGCAUUCAAACAAAUAGCACCCAAAGCUGAGCAUCCAUAUGAAUUAUUCAUGUAUCUGCAUCUUCUGAUUAAAAACAUAUUCCCUUCAUGGAUGGAAAUUUUUGCAAUGGCUGAGCGAGUCAUGGUUACCCUACAAACAGAGGAUGCGGAGCUGUUUACUCAUCUUCAACGUAGUUUUCAAACUAAUUUGACUUUCAACCCAAAAGAUUUUUUAGUAGAAUUGAUUGCUAGAGAGAGAAAGGAAGCGCUGAAACUUUAUGCAAGUAGCAGUAACCUAGAAAGCAUUGCUAACUCCCAUGAGGAACUGCUAGCAAGUCCAGUCAUCUUCCUCAGAAAAUGGAUGGGUGAGUGUUUUGUUAGUUCACUGGAUGUGCCUGCAGUGUUGCUCAUAUGGGAUCAGCUGUUCAUGCAGAACUGGAAUCAUAAAGUGAUGGAGAGUUUCUGCCUAGUAAUACUUAUGUUACUGAAAGAUUCAAUCAUGGCUGCCAGAGAUUAUCCUGCAAUCAGACAGAUAUUGUUGAGUGAUGGAUAUCACUUACUAACAGCUGAUAUACAGAGGGCCUGGAUACAUUUACAACAAGGAGGAUUACUUGCAGAUAUCCCUGGCAUGAAUCAACUGAAUGCAAGGCAAGUCCGUGAUCUGUCUCCUAGGCUCCAAGAUAGGAAUUCAAGGGAUGUCAGAAAACUCUUGUCUUUUGGUGUAAAGGAUAUUGUGUUGAAAAUCAUGUCAACAGAGAAUACUGAUAAAUCUUCAAGUACUUGGUUAAGAGAUUUUGAUCCCAUGGCUGUGGCACUAACAUUUUCUAUACAUUAUGGAGGCAUGAAUUUACAUUCCAAGACAAGCUUUUCUAAACCAGUUCUUUUGGAAAAUGUCAGGAAGAAUGAAGCCACAACAAAGCCACAAAAAAGGAAUUUGUUUCUUAUGCAGUUUAAUGACUUGUUUGAAUUUGAUUCCAUAGACCUAUCAGAAUAUUCAAAUUACACAAAAUCUGGAGAAAUGCCUUUUCUUUUAAUAGAGGCAAUUUACAAUGAUGGAGAAAGAGCUCCCAAACCACUUGGAUGGACAAAAGUGAGUGCUUUUGAACAGGAAACAAGAAGCACUCGAGAUGUAUGGAAACCCAGGGAGUUCUCAUCACUGAUAUCAUUACAUCCUGGGAAAGAGCCAGACAAUAAUAAUGAGAGCCCUCCAGGUAGCAGCACAUCAGGAUCACAUGAUUCAAGUAUUGAGCUAACAGUGUAUGACCCAACAAAGGAAUAUCAGCACAGAAUAAGCAAUGUAACUGUAGAAAAGAGGAAUGUAACAGAAAUGACCCCAUCAUCAAUACCACCCUGGGUGCAGCAUAAUGAAUUCACUUCAUUGCCACAUCCCUCAACUUUGCAGGAGCCCUUUGAUUUAUACAUUGAUACUUUGCAUUAUAUACCUGACUGUGCCACUAUUACUAAGGUCUCUGCACAAAUUCUAAAGCCUGGAAGGAGAUCUCUGCCUGCAAUCUCCAUUUUGCCAAGAAUCAACAGUUCAGCCCGAAACCCUGUAUUCAGUUUCUGCCAGUUGCUAAAUAAGGAGGAUGAAAAACUAAAUGUUAAUACAAAUAUUUUGUUUCAAGUGACUACUGUGGACUUAGAUUCAGGAAAUGUUGCUGUAAUUGGGAAUUGUAUGCUCCGUGUCUUUACUAAUGAAGGGAAACUUAAUGUUGGAGGAUUUCAGCUAAAACUGAAGACAGGUUUGCCACCCAAAAAACUGGACUCUCUUGCACCAUCUGAUUUACAAGAGUAUACUGCUUUUCCUUGCUGUUCCCUCUUGGUGCGACUUCUACCACAUGCUGAGCUCUCACAGCCAGUGCCCAGCUACUCUUCGGGCUACUACUUCACAGAUGAAGCUAAGCCCACAAGGUCAGAAUUUGAGAUUAUGUCCACAUUUCAACAGGAUGUCUUGUUUCCCAAGAGUGUGAAAGACAUGGCAGAACAAUUAAUGGAAAAAGAUCAGAACCAAGUGCAAGAAAAUCAGUUGAAUGACUGGUAUGAGAAAAGAAUAGGAGUUCAUAAGUCUUCUAUGUUACAUCCGUCCUUGAAUUAUUGUAACAUUCAUCACGUAUCACGAUACCGCCAGCAUAUUGGUCUCCGCAUCCAAAUCAAACAAGCAUUUGGACUGGAAGUGGAAGGUCUUUACAUCAAUGCCUUUGCUAGAAUACUAAAGGGAGCCCAGAGUAGCAAACUGGCAGAGUUACCACAACACUGGGGAGGAGAGGAGAAGCUACUGACACGCCAGCAUGACUUCACAAGUCUGCAGAGAUCACCCAGGUGGACUGAUACUUCUGUGGUGCUGCAUCCUUAUUUGGAUAGUAACACUGUGCUUCUAGUUCAACUAUUUGGCAUGUCUGCUACAUAUAUCCCGCAUGCCAGGGGUGACCAACGUGGCCAUGUGAUAUCCCAGAGUGGACAACAGCUUGAGCUUCAUGCACCGCUAGGAUGGACUGUGUUUCCCCUAUUUGAGAGGCAGUAUGUUUAUAGUGGAAUCCAUAGUGCUCCCCUGUUUCAAGGCCUUCCUAAUGCUGGAUUUCUACAAUCUUUAUCUGAGACUUCGGUGAAAGCAGCCAUUGAGGAAGGAUUGAAGAAAAAGACUUUAGCUCUUCAUAAAAGUUAUGGAAGUAUAACAGUGAAAAUAUGGGGUGGCCAUUAUUUUGAAGAUGAACAUUAUGCUUUACUGGUUGUCAAUGACCUACUCACUGUAAGCAAUAUCAAGAAAUUCUUGGCCACCCAAUCCAACAAAAAAGGCAAAGAAAUGUCUGUGCUGGUAACGGAGAGCCUGGUUAGCAAACAGCGGAACAUACAGAGGAAAAGCCCUGAAUACAUCAGACACCAACAGUUUUAUGAAGAGGCAAUGGGAGAGAAGUUCUACGAUCUUAUUGAGAUGGCCCUGCUGAAUGCAGGAUAUGGUCCUUUGUAAGCCAUCUGUUCUUCAGCGACACCUGGAAGAGAAUAAAAACUGUGACGCAUAAUAAUUAACAGCUAUAAUAAUAAGAAAUUGUGUACUGCAUAUUACUGUUUAUGUAUAUAGUACCAACAUACUGUAUUCUACAGCCCUGUACAAUGAGAGAACAUUAUUAAUUACAUAACUGGCUAUUUGUUCCCCAAAAA